AUGGUCUCCCCAGCCACUUCUCCCGUAGAAGCUCCCUCUGCUAGCCACAAAAAGUUCAGCACUUUUGCUGGUCUCAGAGAGCUGUCGGGCCGCGGCGCAAACAACAAUGGCGCUCCUGUCCAAUCGAGCAGUAGCCGCACGAGCAUUCGUGGCCUCUUUGACGAGGAUGGCAAUCCUACUUCGCUCACUGCGAGCCCUCGAACUCGAGGUGCCGAGCUCGAGUCCACCUUGACCGACCCUGCAUCUUCUUCCACGCUCGGCCGCUCCGGCGAUGCGCCAUGGAGUAUCAGCGUAGCUGAAGCCAAGGACAAACGCGAAGGCCGCAAACGCAAACAGGUCGUCGCUUCCUAUACCCUCUACGUCACCACUUCUACUCACAACCUCACCCUCAUCCGAUCCGCCACCGACAUUACCGAGAUGGACGAGAGGAUCAGAGAUGCGCUGCCUUCAAGUUCGCUACCGAAUCUGCCCGCUCUGCCCGCUUCGACUUCCUCCUUGAGCGGACGCAAGUUUUUUCAAACCAUUUCCCGCACCUUGUCUCCAGGAGCCUCCAAAGCUCGAUCCACCUUUGCCAACUUUGCAGGCGAAUCGAUAACGUCCUCUCCCGAGACCAACGGAAUCGAAGCUGCGUCUCCCCCACCGUCAGCUCCGCUCUCUCCCAAUCCCGACGCCCCAUCCAAACUCACUUCGCACUCCAUCACCACCCAGCUCGCGACUUACUUUACCGCCCUCGCUAACCAUACCGCAGCACGCCAACACAAGGCGUGGAAACGCUUCGUGCAAGUGGGCAACGACGACUUCCAAAGCGUCCGUGUCGAACGUCGAGUCCGCAGGGUGCGCAGUGAUCUCGCUGAGCAUGUCAAGUCGUCGGUCGCACCGCGGAAUACCAACGUCGGUGUCGCUCCUGGUCAGUCUGACCUCGAAGAUGGCAACCCUACCGAGGACGACCUCGACGUCGAUUCGGCCGAUGACUCUUCUCGUGCCUCAGGGACGCAAGCUGGCAGACUCAGCCGCGCAACCACAGGCUCGCGACCAGGGUCUCUCGACAUACCCUCGUCGGACAAGCGCGGCGUCGCUGACGACAGCCGAUCCACAAAUACCAACAUCGAAAUGAUCCCCGAGGAAAAGGACGCCGAAGACUCGGAAGAUGCCGCCAACGGAAAGUCCGAAGGCGCAGCAAAGCUCAGUGGCAGUCGCUCUCAGCGUCGUCGCAAAGGCUCCAACAAGGUCACGGUCGACGACUUUGAGAUGAUUCGCGUGCUCGGCAAGGGCUGUGCCGGCAAGGUGCUGCUCGUUCGUCAUGCAUCUUCGCGCGGCUUGUACGCCAUGAAGUCCAUCCACAAGAGGCACGUGCUUGCUCAUCAGGAACUUCAACACACGCUCACUGAGCAGGCCGUGCUCAAGCGCAUGGCCAAGGACGUCCUAGACCCUUUCGUCGUGCGUCUGUGGUGGUCCUUCCACGACCGCAACAACCUCUACCUUGUCAUGGACUUUCACCCAGGAGGAGAUCUCGCAACGCAGCUCUCGCGAUGGGGACGACUCGGUCGUGACCGUGCUCGCUUCUAUGCCGCUGAAAUUGUAGAGGGCGUGGAGGGAUUGCACAAGGCCGGUGUCAUAUACCGUGACCUCAAGCCCGAGAAUGUCUUGAUCGGCGCUGAUGGCCAUAUUGUGCUCUCCGACUUUGGUCUUUCCAAAGAGUUCAGCAGCCGCAGCAGAUCCACUGGCAGCGUCACGCCACCACCAACGUCACCUGGCCGUUCGCAUUCCAGCACCGGCGUGCCCAAAUCGAGAUCCGCUCACUGGAUGUCGGCCUCCGACGAUGCGUCUGACAAUCCAUCCAGGUCCUCUUCCAGUCGCUUCCUCGAAGAGCGGGAGACCACCACCACCUUCUGCGGCACAGCCGAGUAUCUGGCUCCCGAAGUUUUGCAGGGCCAAGCGUACUCGUACGAAGUCGAUUGGUGGAGCUUCGGCACCAUGCUCUACGAGAUGCUGACUGGCAUCACUCCCUUCUGGGCCGACACGCACGCCGACAUGUAUGCCAAGGUGCUCCGCGAUCCUCUGGUCUUCCCGGAAGACCGAGUCUUGGAUCAGGACACCAAGAGCAUCCUUCGCGGUCUGCUUCAGCGAAAUCCGCAGUUGCGAAUGAAGGAGCCGCGGAUCCGGAAGCAUCCUUACUUUUCCAUGAUCGAGUGGGAUCACAUCUUCCACAAGCGCUACAUUCCCCCUUACAUUCCGCCGAUCGACCCCGACAACGAGACCGACACCCAGAACUUUGACGAGACCUUCCUGGAGAUGCAGCCGACCGUAGCCCACGAGAACGACGCCAGUAUGGACAUGGCGACUGCUGCAGGCGAGGAGGGUGGUGCUGACCCGCUGGUGACUGCUGAUGCUCCCGUCACUCAGAACCAGAACGGAGGGGCUGUCGCCGCCGCAACCCCGGAUCAAAGCAUGGAUGACCCGGACGCAUCCGAGCACAGCAACCUCUUUGAUGGAUACUCGUUCCGUGGCCGCAAGGACUCUGGUUCGGUCAUUUCCGUCUUGUCCACCGAUCGACCGGACGAAGGUGCAGACAAUGCUGCCGACAGCGCUUCUCCAGCCAAGGAAGCCGCUACUCUACCGGCCGAGCAGCCUGCAAAGGACACCCCACCUGCCUCAAUCGUGACCAAAGCUGCGGUUGCUCCUCCCGUGGUCAAUCGUCAGCCGAGCGCAGAAGCCAUCACGGGACACAAGGAGCCUCAAGCAACCUUGGAUGAGCCUUCCAUCGCCGACGUCUCUAUCCACGAUGAGGAAGACGACGAGUCAGCAGCGCGCAACGCAGCUGCCGUCCUCGCCCAUCUUGAGCAUGAAGCCAGCAUGGAGGCGGACUCCAUGACAGGACUGUCGGCGCUCGACAACACGCAGAGCGAGCCCGCUCAACCCCACAGUCGAGACGCGACCACCACUACUUCUGACUCGCAGAGCAGCGAUCAUUCCGCCAGCCAAGCGCAGAGCUCUCCUGCCAGCUCGUACGCCGGUCGUUCGGCAGUGCCUCGCAAGACGGUCCCCUCUGCGAUCGGACGCCCCAGCAACGGUGCGAUUCGAGAGAGCGAGCACGAGGACGAGGACUGGGACAUGGUCGAGGUAUCGGGUCCGGACGGCGAGCUCAAGACCGAGCUCAAUGGUGGACGUGGCGCCAACCUCUUUUCUCGUGGUGUCGUCGACACGUACCGCCUUCUCCGCCGCCAAGAAUCCUCGCGCAUUCCGCCCUCAGCCAGUCAAUCAUCGACCUCUGGCCGCCCUUUCAACCGUCUCGGCAAGCGAAGGAACGGCCAAGGCUUGUCCUCGAUGCGCUUCAAGAACUCGACCGGCGAGCUCCCGGCUGCAACCAGCGUCGACACUGUGGCGCAGGAAGACGUGACCGCCGCCCACAACAACGACGCCGAUGGCGAGAAGGAGGACGCCAUCGAGAAAGCCGCUGCUCGGCUCUCGGCCAGCGGCGGUCGCACAUCCGUGCUGUCGGUCAGCUCGAACAAGGAAAUGAACCGUCGCUCCGCCGCCUCGCCCAGCCUGUCCGGCAGCGAGGAGAACAAGCACCAGGCGCGUCUCAAGAAGAUCAAGCGCUUCACCGCCUUUUUCGAACCCGCUUCGCAUCGCUCGUAG